AUGAAAACAUAUGCUACAGUAGUGCUGAUAGUAUUAUGCAGCUUACUUCCUCUAUUCCUAUAUUUGCUUCUAAUAAUAAUAUUAUGUGUAAAGACAAGGAAACGGAAAAUUUCUGCUUCGCGAAGAAAUAUUGCUGCUGCAAAUGGUGAUGUCGAAAUUGGGAGAGGAACAAAUAGUAGAGGUGUAAAAGAUGGUGAUAUGGUCAUUUUAGCAGGAGAUGGUGGUCGUUCUAUGGCUCCUGCUGAUAGUAAUAUUGGAACUGAAGACGACGAUUGUUGCUGUUGUGGUUGUGGCGGUGAUGGUGGUGGUGAUGGUGGUGGCGGAUGCGGUGGCUGUGGCGGUUGUGGUGGCUGA